ACGAGUGCGAAUCUGGGUACGCGAUACGCGGUCUGACGACCCUAACUCAGUUCAAAAGCGUAACUCAGAACAAACGCAGUUCUGUUUUUGCUGCCAUUGACGACUGACGAAAGUGACCUCCGUGCUGGAUGCUGUCGCGUCCAAGUGUCAAAAGCUCGCGUUGCUCAAAAAAAUAUAUCUCGAAGUUCAAAUAACCGCACAAAUAAACUAGAUUGCAGCUGUGACACUGUGUUCGCCGGAGACGCCACCACAGCAAAACUAAUGCUAAUUUGAAACGGCCGACAAACAUCGACAGACAGACGAGCAGAGCGUUUGUCUACGGUUGAUGCGGAUUAUACAAUCAAGAUAGACAACUGGGGAACAGCGAUUGACGAACAGCCAGCCUGACUGUUAGUUAACUAGUAUAAUAAUUAUCAGUGCUGGAUUAUUAUCAGUGCAACGGUGCAGCGCAGCGAUAAGGAGAAAGAGGAAGAGCCCACUAAGCUACUAUAGCUGGCAAAUCAACACAAUGUCAGCGUUUGCACAUCGCCAAAGCCGAAGCCACUGCAAAAACAGUAUUCGAACGCAGAUGAACAGUUGAGAGGCGGCCAGAGCGCAAGUGCAUCUAAGCAAGGAGAAAGUCGAACAACCCAAAAGCAGAUCAGAGAUACGUAAAUUAGCCGACCAAGAGAGCUUGGAGGAAGCCGACAAAUGACGGAACAGGAACACAAAAUGCUGCCCACGGACAAAUGCAUAACGGCAACAUCGACGCCAAUUAUCAUUGGCAGCACCAAGUCUCCGGGGCCAGAGCAGCAUACACAUACACAGUUGCAUCCGCCGCAGCAUCCACCGCUACAACAACAGCACGGCCAUCCGCAUUUAAACAUGCAUCACACCUGCAGCCACACGGUGCACAGCCAAAAGUAUUCAGCUGAGACGCCGCGACGAAACCUUCACGAGCUGCUGCUGGAACUGUUGGAUGUGCUGUUAUCCUGCCUAGUCGUAGCGCCGUGCGUAAUUGCCUAUUGGCGCGGCACCUGGGAGCUGAUGGGCGUGCUGCUCUUUCCCAGCAGCUUGCCCUUGUCGGCGCUGGCCUCGUUUGCCAUCGGUGGGCUGGGACACUUCAUUUUCACCAUUACGCAGAGCUUCUUCAAGGAUCACAUACAUCCUGACAAGCGACGGCUGACCUACUAUGCCAUCUCGCGUCUCUACACCGCCGUCUUCGGUGUCGUCUGCGUGAACAUGUGGCGCGGUGCCUGGAUGAUCUGCGAUUGGUUAACCAGCAUCGAUUCCCUGGCCAUCAUCUCCGUGGUUACUCUCGUGGCGCUGCUCUUCCUGGUUGGCACGCGCACGCUGCGCAACCUGGGAGCGGCGCCCUACACCGUGACCAUGGAUCACAAGAGUGAUUACUUUGAGGUGGACACCAUGUUCAAAAUACCGGGCUUCAAUCAACCCGGCCUGUACGUCCUGGACACAUUAUUCUCGGUGUUUGUCAUUGGCAGCCUCGUGGUCAUCGCUUGGCGCGGAGUUUGGGGCAUCUUUGAUUUGACUCUCUUCCCGCGAGAUAAGGCAAAGUCCGCCUGGGGAUCUCUGCUAAUUGGUUACCUAACGGUCUUUGUUACCUUCGUCAUACAACCGCUGAUGCGCUACGUUUGCCGUCGAAUUAGUGGACUAUUGAAAAUAAUCAUAUGCGAUAUUUACUAUCUGAUGACAUUUUUUGGCGCUGUAAAUGCUUGGCGUGGCAUUUGGAACUUGCUCGAUGUUUACCUGUAUCCAGACGAUCGUCUAUUGAGCUUCUGGAUCACGCACAUCGUCCCUUUUCUACUGCUGGCCGCACUCAAGUGCUCCAAUUCGAUUCUGGUGCGCGGUGUAUUCAUUGACGCCGAGGGCUCAGGUGCCGAUGCCGUUCACCUGCCCAUCAACUAUGUUCGCUUGCAUUUUCUGCGCGAACGCCGCAAAAAGGUUGCCUCUGAGCAAUAUUUGCAUUUGGACUCGCCGCUCUACUACUUGAAAGCGGAUCAUGCGACACUUGGCAAACAUCUGGAGAAGGACAAGGAAGCACAGCACAGUCUGAUUGAGAAACCACACACCCCCGCAGCCCAGAUCAUAUAGAAAAGGAUUAGCUUUUACAUAUAUACA